CGGACGUUCCGUUUGUAUUGUAUAUUGCUAAGCAGUUGUGCUAUCGGUCAGAAAAGUGCUUACGUGUGUAUAAUAUCAAUGCAGCCCACUGACAGCAAACCGAACAUAAAGGAUGCCAGCCUGUGGCUGCUGUCAGAGCCGCGAGCGCCGCUGCAAAAGAGUUCCAUUGAUGACUCGACGUCGACGCAUUCAUCGCACCGACGACGUCUUUGCCGCUUGCCCUGGUUCCUACUGCUGAUGUCCUUUGUGGAGAUCUUGCUGUAUCUGAUUGCCGACGCGUGCAUGCAGCGGCGCCUCAUAUACAAGCCGAAGCUGGGGCACGAGUACUGGCGCUUCUUUACAUACAUGCUGCUCCACGCUGAUCUCUGGCACCUGUGGAUCAACAUCUGCCUGCAGUGCUUCAUUGGAGUCUACCUGGAAGUGGAGCAAGGUCACUGGCGCUUGGCCGUCGUCUAUCUAACGGGCGGCCUUUGUGGCGGCCUGGCCAACGCCAGUCUGCAGCCGGGGCUCGCGCUGAUUGGCGCAUCGGCGGGCGUCUAUGCAAUGCUGUGCAGUCAUGUGCCCCACCUGGUUUUGAAUUUCUCGAAAUUGUCGCAUCGCACUUGGCGCGUCGCCGUCCUCCUGAUCUUGUUCGUCAGCAAUGUGGCAUACACGGUUUAUCACUUCUGCCUCAAUGACAAUCGCAACCCGCGCAUCAGUCUGGAGGCCCAUUUGGGUGGGGGCGUGGCCGGAUUGAUAUGCGGCUUUCUCGUUUACAAGCGAAUCUCUUCGGAAACACCAAGUUUGUAAUUAACUCUGAUCGAUCGAUUCCAGAUUCGAUUAGAUCUGCCUUAACUUGGUCUCAACAUUUGCAAUUCAACUCAAAUCCGCCGGAAAAAGCCAAAUCAAAUUCAUCGAAUAAAUUUCUGGCAGUAUUCACGCUUGGCUUUUAUGGCCAAGCUAUUGACUCUUAAGGGCAUCCAUAAAUUUCUAUGCUUCAGUUGGUAAAGUGUUAUUUUUACACCAUCGAAUCGAUUUUAUAGACUCAAUCUUAUGACUCAGCUAAUUAGGUGGAAUAAUGCAUAAGGCAAGGGUAAUUACAUAUUUAUGUUUUUAUAUUUAUUUCCAUCUGAACUGGAUCAUUGAUCAUUUUCAUUUAGCAGUGCAAUUAGCUUCAAUAUAUUUUUAGCAGUGGCUCAUAACUCACUAACGUCGAGACUGAUUUGGUGGAAUUGGUGGAUUCUCAAUGAAUCAAUUGAAUAGUUUUCAGGUUAAUCGAA